UGCUCCUGAUUCACAACGAUUAAAAAAAAAAAAAUCAGGAAUACAAUUUUGAGUUUAUUUUUUAUGUAAUCCAUCAUAGGGAAAAAGUCCACAAAACACGUUAAAAACACUCUUCAUGGGAGUGGGUCUAUCAUCGCUACGAUCGGCUGCCUGGAACUCCAAGUGCGUUCCCCUUUUCCCCUCCUCCUGUGUCGGAGCGGGCCGCCUCUCCUCCAGCAGACCGACCGCCAGGCUUGAGCCUCCAUUGGCUGUCCGGACUGCCAAGGCUGGCAGCCACUGGCGACGGGGAAGGACCGGACCUGUUAAGGUGGAACCACCGGGAGAACGCCAGAACUCCGAAGGAACAUGACGGAAAUCUAACUUUUCUUGGCACUUUGGGGGUUUCGCUGCGGGACGAGCAUCGUCGCCGGCGGUCAGGACGGGCUGGAAGUUUCCUGCUGGAGCGGAUUCGUGAUGUGGUGACGCGACUCCACCGUGUCGACGGGAAGCUAACGCUAGCUACGCUUUUCUGACACAUUUCAGGGGUUUAAAUACACCAUAAAGUAGCAAAUGUUCUUUUAAUAUAUUUGAGCAUGUUAUCUAGUUUUUAUAUAAAAUGUACUUGGGUAGUUAACCCGUACAUAAAACUACUUACUUUAGCCUAAAGCUACUUAGCAGGCUAGUAGCUAACGUCGGCUAGCUGUGGACUUUAAAGUGACUCGAAGCCAAAGAUUUCUGUUUCAAAUUAGCUAGCAGAGCUGCAACAGUUUCCACGUCACCUGGCUGCAUCACAACUCUACUGCCAACUAUGAAAGGCUUUUUUCGUCAAGCUGAGCUUCAUAUUUUCAGGGAGCCGCUUGUUUUAAGUAACAUAGAUGGACACUUUAUUUCCGAAUCCAGGUAUGCAGUGAAGUACCAGCUCUUUUUCUGUUAGCAUGCUAAAGUGUUGUUAGCCGGCUAAACUUGGAAUACUGCCCCCUGACUACUCUCUGCGGGUCUGGGGCCUUAAGGAAUUCCCCAACACUUUGUAAACUACGAGGAACCGCUCUCAGCCUUAUUGCACAUCCCCGGCUCCGCACGGAACUCGGACACUUUGGAUACUCUGGAUGGUUUUGAAGCUCGAUCCGGUCACCGUGACACACCGUUGGGGUUCAGGAACUUCUCCUCACGUCGACGUCAAAUCGUGGAUCAUAAAACCUAUUAAUCAAGUUACACGUCAAAGAUGAUGUGUGAAGUGAUGCCAACCAUCAGUGAGGCCGAAGGGCCUGGUGGAGGGAACGGCCGGCGAGGUUCUGGCUCUCCCCUGCAGUCAGACUCUGAGGGUCACUUUGAGUCGUUGAUGGUGUCCAUGCUGGAGGAGCGGGAUCGCCUUCUGGAGACCCUGAGGGAAACUCAGGAGAACCUGGGCCUGACCCAGGGCAAACUUCAUGAAGUGAGUCACGAAAGGGACUCCCUGCAGAGGCAGCUGAACACAGCUUUACCACAGGAGUUUGCUGCUCUAACAAAGGAGGUGAACGUGUGCCGGGAGCAGCUUCUGGAGAAAGAGGAAGAGAUCGCAGAGUUGAAGGCGGAGAGGAACAACACCCGGCUCCUGCUGGAACACCUGGAGUGUCUGGUGUCACGCCACGAGCGCAGUCUGAGGAUGACUGUGGUGAAGAGGCAGGCACAGUCUCCUGCAGGCGUCUCCAGCGAGGUGGAGGUCCUCAAAGCUCUCAAGUCACUUUUUGAACACCACAAAGCUCUUGAUGAGAAGGUAAGAGAGCGUCUCCGUGUUGCUCUGGAGCGAUGCAGCGCUUUGGAGGAACAGCUCGCCAUUUCACACAAAGAAUUGUCUUAUCUUAGAGAGCAAAACAGUCAGAAAAGAGGGUUGGCUGAUGGAACGAUUGAGGUCAACCACAACUUUGAGAACACCCCCAGCACCAAUGGAAAGCGAUCAUCAGAUGGCUCUCUGAGCCAGGAAGAGGAGUCAGGCUCUGCCUUUGGGAAGGCAGGAGAGCUCCAGGAGGUCGUGGACCGCCAGACCGCUGACUUGGGCCAGAUGAAGGAGCGCAUGGCCGCUAUGGUGUCACGCAUCAGUGAGCUGGAGGAGGAUCUGGACACGGCCCGAAAAGACCUCAUCAAGUCCGAAGACAUGAGCACCCGUCUCCAGAGAGACCUCAGAGAGUCAAUGGCGCAGAAGGAGGACAUGGAGGAGAGGAUCACCACCCUGGAGAAGCGCUACCUGGCAGCUCAGCGGGAGGCAACCUCCGUCCACGACCUCAAUGACAAGCUGGAAAAUGAAGUGGCCAACAAGGAGUCUCUUUUCAGACAAGCGGAGGAAAGAAACCGGCAGCUCCAGGAGAAGCUGGAGCUGGCUGACCAGAAGUUGCAGCAGACCAUCCGCAAGGCGGAGACUCUGCCUGAGGUGGAGGCUGAGUUGGCGCAGAGAGUCGCUGCCCUCACAAAGGCAGAGGAGCGCCAUGGUAAUGUGGAAGAGAGACUGAGGCAACUGGAGGCCCAGCUCGAGGAGAAGAACCAGGAGCUGCUGCGGGCGCGCCAGCGAGAGAAGAUGAACGAGGAGCACAACCGCCGCCUCUCUGAGACGGUGGAUAAGCUGCUGUCAGAGUCCAACGAGAGGCUGCAGCUUCACCUGAAGGAGAGGAUGUCUGCUCUGGAGGACAAGAAUGCUUUGAUUAGAGAACUCGAUCACAUGAAGAAGCUUAUUGAGGAGUCUCACCACGAGAAGGAGCAGCUGCUCAUCCAAAUUGAGACCAUGAGAGCAGAGACAGAGGUCGGCAGGAGCAACUCCUCACUCCACGGGCGCUCUCAGCUGGGCAGCACCCCAGAUUUCAGGUAUCCAGUGUCGGCUUCCUCCAUGAUGGACGGCAACUCUGACAGCUUCGGCGGCGCUCUGGUUCUGAGGCGACCUCAGAAAGGGAGGAUGGUGGCGCUCCGAGACGAGCCAUCUAAGCGACAUGUGCAGACGCUGAACGAGCAGGAGUGGGAGCGCAUGCAGCAGGCAAACGUGUUGGCUAACGUGGCGCAGGCCUUUGAGAGCGACAUGGACGUCUCCGACCUGGAGGAGGACCGGGAGAUGAUCUUCAGCUCCGUGGACCUGCUGUCCCCUGCUGGUCAGGCUGAUGCACAGACGCUGGCUCUGAUGCUGCAGGAACAGCUGGAUGCUAUCAACAAUGAAAUCAGGAUGAUCCAGGAGGAGAAGGAGAACACUGCCAUCCGAGCGGAGGAGAUCGAGUGCAGGGUGGGGAGUGGCGAUGGCAUCGGAGGACGCUUUCGCUCGUUGAGCUCCAUCCCACCCUCUCUGUGUGCCGGCUCCUCGUUGGGCGGCUCUCCGCCCAGCUCGGGCCACUCCACCCCCAGACGCAUUCCUCGCAGCCCCAACAGAGAACUGGACCGGAUGGGCGUCAUGACCUUGCCUAGUGACUUACGCAAGCACCGCAGGAAGUCCUCUCAGGACGAUAAAGCCACGAUUCGAUGUGAAACCUCGCCCCCCACCACUCCCCGCUCAAUGCGCUUGAACAGGGAGUCCGGCCACACCGCCAGCCAUGAAGACAUAAGAGACAUUCGAGGUCUGAGCAGCCUGCAGGACGGCCAGGGCAGCAACCCCAGCAGCAGCAACAGCAGCCAGGACUCCCUCAACAAGGCGGCCAAGAAGAAGAGCAUCAAGUCUUCCAUUGGACGCCUGUUUGGGAAGAAGGAAAAGGGCCGGCCCAGCCUUCCUGGAAAGGACUUACCAAGUCAAGCUGGUACUCCUGAGGCUGAAGGAUCCCCAAAGGAAGGCCUCGGGAUGGGCACGCUCGGAGGCCCUGCAGACAAGAACCGGAAGCUGCAGAAGAAUCCAAAGACCGGGCAUGAGUUACUGGAGGAGGCUCGCAGGCAGGGCCUGCCCUUCGCCCAGUGGGACGGACCCACUGUUGUGGCAUGGUUGGAGCUGUGGGUGGGCAUGCCGGCCUGGUACGUGGCUGCCUGCCGAGCAAACGUGAAGAGCGGAGCCAUCAUGUCGGCUCUGUCGGACACCGAGAUCCAAAGAGAGAUCGGCAUCAGUAACCCGCUGCACCGUCUCAAACUGCGCCUGGCCAUCCAGGAAAUCAUGUCCCUCACCAGCCCCUCGGCCCCGCCCACCUCCAGAACGAGCACAGGAAACGUCUGGGUCACACACGAAGAAAUGGAGAGUUUGGCAGCCACGCCUCCUACGGAGGAUGACGAGGGUAGCUGGGCCCAGACUCUGGCGUAUGGAGACAUGAACCACGAGUGGAUUGGUAACGAGUGGCUUCCCAGCCUGGGUUUGCCGCAGUACCGCUCAUACUUCAUGGAGUCCCUGGUGGACGCCCGCAUGCUGGACCACCUCACCAAGAAGGACCUCCGAGGACAGCUGAAGAUGGUGGACAGCUUCCACAGGAACAGUUUUCAGUGUGGUGUAAUGUGUCUGAGGAGGCUCAACUAUGACAAGAAGGAGCUGGAGAGGAGAAGAGAAGACUCUCAGCUGGAGCUAAAAGAUGUUCUGGUGUGGAGCAAUGAGCGAGUAAUCAGCUGGAUCCAAAGCAUCGGCCUCAAAGAGUACAGCAGCAACCUGUAUGAGAGCGGAGUUCACGGGGCGCUGCUCGCCCUGGACGAGACCUUCGAUCACAACACGCUGGCCCUGCUGCUGCAGAUCCCAACUCAGAACACGCAGGCCAGAGCAGCUCUGGAGCACGAGUACUGCGGCCUGCUGGCCAUCGGCACAGACAGGAGAAUUGAUGAGGACGAUGAGAAGAACUUCCGCCGUGCACCGUCAUGGAGGAAGAAGUUCAGGCCCAAAGACGUUCGAGGCGGAGCUUUAGGUGUCUCCGACACUCUUCCUGCUAACUUCCGAGUGACAAACAGCAGCGCAGCGUCUCCCUCCACGCAGCCAAAGAGGAGUCCGGUGGACGGAAGUCAGUCUAUACAGAGGCUGGACACGGCCACAGUCAGGACCUACUCUUGUUAACACACAACGUUUAUCCUCAUUAUUUCUAUAGGUAGCCGCUGGUCAGACGAUGAAGGGCAAUUCCCAGCAUUCAAGACCAGGAUGAUGAACUGAAACCCAGACAGCACGGUGCUGUGUUGUCAGGACAGAGACCGUACUCACCAACCCCAGUAUCCGCAGAGGAAGCUUUGAAUGAGCUACACUUUUGUAUUUAUGUGGGACGUUUAUAAUUGAUUUUAGAAUUGCUAUGUAACCUGUUUCUUGUUGCCUCUAUUCCUUUAAUCGACCUACUUUUUAAAAAAGAUCCUUCCUCCUCUGAACCUCUGUUUUCAGACAUGUUUCAGCGAAUGUUUCAAAUAGAUGGAGUCUGUAUAUUUCUAGCGACUGACAUUUUAUCUAAUCUUUUUUUAUAAUCCCUAUUUUAUUGACUGGAUGUACGUUUUUCCUCUGAUCUGAGCUCUAAUCUUGGAAUUUAUGCUGAAGUGACUUUGAUAAGUGAUAUAACUUAAUUCAUGUCUUUCUGACACUUUGUAAUUGUUGUUUUUGUCGCCUAUUACCUGUGAUUUAUAUCAAUGCAGCUCUUAGGUCAACAGUUGUGUGUUUAUCAGACAAACUGCAGGAGAUUGCAGUUUCACCAACUGUCUGAUGCCUGUCGCCUUCAAAGGAACUGCAUGUUCCCCGUGGAUUUUCAGAGAAUUUCUCCUCUUUAUUUUCAUAUCUGAUACCAAAACAAAACUCCUAAAGCCAUAUGACCGUAGCAAGAAGCAGCAGCAGAGGGCUACACACAUGCAGGGGAAAUCAGAGGUUUUCUGCUGCUGACCAUAUCCCCCCUCCACACAUAGCCACCCGGGCCUUCCUCCCCUCUGGAGAAACCCUUUGAGGGGACUCCUGAGCUCUGCGUACACGGGGGGACGCUCCGUUAAAGGACCAACUGUUCUGAACUUGUCGCCUCGAUCACCAGACGGUGUGAUCCACCCACUGACCUUUUUUGUUUUUAAAUUAAGCCUUAUUGUCUGCUGAACUGCUUCCCUCUGUAUUUAUUGUUACUCAUCCAUGUGUGGUCAGUUAGAGCUGAAGCUCCUCUUUCUUUGAAUGUGGUGCUGCCUCAUGUUGUCCUGUCUGCACUCACAGUCUGCUUUUCCACGCGGUGUGAAGCUCAAACCCACAAAGGCUUCUUCUUUCCUUGUGAUUUUUUAGUCCUUUAUGCACAAAACAAAUCAUGUUGCUGUUUUUAUCUCGCUCUUCCUAAAGAAUUUUCUGAUCUUGUAACAAUGAUGUACAGCCCGAGUACUAAAACUAUUUUUAUCACAGUAUUAUUUAUUGCUUACUUUCAAUAAAAUACUGAGACUUAUUUUCCACUGCA